UAUAUCCCUAAAUUCUCCCAUUUUUCUUAUCUCUCUCCUUCCGUAUUCAAUCUUCAAAUUCCAAUAAAAAACCCUCAAAAUUACGGGAAAAAAGUGAAAAAGAAAAAACAAAUUGCUCAUCGGAGAAGAAGCUCGCGCUGUACUUGAUCGCUUCUUGUUCACAUAUAUUUUCUUCCUCAAUGUUCUCGAUCGGUAAUUCAUAAUUGAGGAAGUCACGCAUGGCUCCGUCUAGGAAAUCAAAAAGUGUAAAUAAGAAGUUUUCUUAUGUUAAUGAAGUUGCUCCAAGUAAAGACGGAGAUAGUAGUUCCAAGAGAAGUGGGAAACGGAAAAGGAAGUUAUCUGACAUGUUAGGGCCUCAAUGGACCAAGGAAGAGCUUGGGCAUUUCUACGAAGCAUAUCGUAAGUAUGGAAAAGAUUGGAAGAAGAUUUCUACCGUGAUACGCAAUAGAUCCAUGGAAAUGGUCGAAGCUCUUUACACUAUGAACAGGGCCUACUUAUCUCUUCCUGAGGGCACUGCUUCUGUGGUUGGACUGAUAGCAAUGAUGACUGAUCACUAUUCUGUUAUGGGAAGAAGUGACAGUGAACAAGAAAGCAAUGAGGGAGUUUCUCGGAAACCUCUGAAGCGUAGCAAGGGAAAACUUCGAGAUCAGCCUUCUAAAAGUUUAGAUAAGCCUCUUCCAGAUCUAUUGCAAUUUCCUUCAUCAGUAUCAAGUUGCGUGUCAUUGUUGAAGAGGAGACGUUCCGAAAGUAGGCCCCGCGCUGUUGGAAAAAGGACUCCUCGUGUUCCUAUUUCUUUUUCUCAUGACAAAAACAAAGGGGAAAGAUAUUUUUCACCUAUUAGGCAAGGAAUGAAACUAAAGGCAGAUUCUGUUGAUGAUGAUGUUGCUCAUGAGGUAGCACUAGCAUUGACGGAGGCAUCACAAAGAGGUGGCUCACCCCAAGUUUCCCGGACACCAAAUAGAAAAGCAGAGACACCAUCACCUGUCAUCAAUAGUGAGAGGACGAAUGCUGAUUCAGAAACUACUAGUGCCAAGAUUCAUGGUAGUGAAGUGGAUGACGAUGCAUGUGAAUUAAGCUUAGGAAGCACUGAAGCUGAUAAUGCAGAUUAUGAUAGAGGCAAGAACCAUUCAAGGAUUAUAGAAGGCACUGGUACUGUUGAAGUUCAACAGAAGGGUAAAAGAUACCUUAGACGGAAGCCAGAGGUUGAGGGAAGUGUAAACCACCAUUUGGAAGACACAAAAGAAGCCUGUAGUGGGACAGAAGAAGGACAACAAUUAAGUGAUUUCAAGGGAAAGUUUGAUGGCGAGGUUGCAGAUGCCAAAACAUCUAGAGCCUCGAUUAAGGGUCCAAGGAAAAGAAGUAAAAAGGUGUUGUUUGAAGUUGAAGACACUUCCUUUGAUGCCCUGCAAACUCUAGCAGAUCUGUCCUUGAUGAUGCCGGAGACUACUCCGGACACCGAGUCAUCUGUGCAGUUGAAGGAAGGGAAAAAUGAAGUUGAGAAGAUUAAACUGAAAGGAAAUCAUCCUGUUCCUGGAGCGAAAGGCAAUGCCUCCAAAACAUCUAGAUAUGGAAAACUUUUUGGUCAUGAUCUUCGUGCUAUUCCUGAAGCAAAGGAGCGAACACAUCUGGGUAAUGUUGGAACGCGGAAAAGAAGACAGAAAUGCUCACCUUAUAAAUUGCAGAUUCCAAAAGAUGAAAAUGAUGCUGAUUCUCAGUUGGGUGAAUCUCCAAACAUCAAGGUUGCCGAUGAGGUAAAGAAUCUUCUUAGCAAAGGUAAUCGGUCUAAUAAUAUUGGACAUCCUAAGCAAGGGAAAUCUUUGAGACCUCCAGAGCAUGCGUCCUCCAGUACCGAUCUAGGAAGGGACUUGAACAAUUCAGCUCCGUCUACUAUACAGGUUUCAUCUGUUAACCAGGUCAACCUACCGACAAAGGUCAGGAGUAAGCGAAAGAUGGGUUCACAGAAACCAGCAAUUAGGAAGGAUAUAAAGUCCUCUGAUAAUAUUGUUAAGGACAAAAUUAGUGCUCCAGUCAUGUCAUUCCAUGGCGGAGCACUCAAUCUGAAGGAAAAGCUUUGUAACUUCCUAAAUUCAUACGUUGCACGGAGAUGGUUUAUCUUUGAAUGGUUCUAUGGUACAAUUGAUUAUCCAUGGUUUGCUAAACGGGAGUUUAUGGAGUAUUUGGAUCAUGUAGGAUUAGGUCAUAUUCCUAGAUUAACACGUGUUGAAUGGGGUGUAAUAAGAAGUUCCCUUGGCAAACCACGCCGAUUUUCUGAUCAAUUUUUAAAAGAAGAAAGGGAGAAGCUUAACCAAUACCGGGAAUCGGUUAGAAGGCAUUAUGCUGAACUUCGUGCCGGAAUUAGUGAAGGACUUCCAACUGAUUUAGCUCGACCUCUAUCAGUUGGUCAACGUGUCAUUGCCAUUCAUCCAAAAACUUGGGAGAUUCAUGAUGGAAGUGUGUUAACUGUUGAUUAUGGUAGAUACCGAAUUCAGUUUGACAACCCUGAGCUAGGAGUGGAAUUUGUCACGGAUAUUGAUUGUAUGCCUUUAAAUCCAUUGGAAAGUUUGCCUGCUUCCCUUUUGAGACAAAAUGCUGCCAUCCGUAAAUUUGUUGAGAACUACAAUGAGCUCAAAAUGAAUGGACAAUCAAAAGAAAGCAAGAUGGAAGAGAACAUUAAAUUUACACAAUGUGAUAACCUGGAGAAUGCUAUUAGUCCCUCUCGUACUUCACCAUCAAUUUUUGGUGUUGGAAAUUUGCCACAGCCAGUUAAGGUCGAUUCAUCAAGUCCUAAUUUACAACUUAAAAUUGGGCCUAGUGAAACUGUUUAUAGUCAACAAGCAAUGAAUUGUCAGCCUUCUGCUCUGUUGCUGGUUCAGGCUAGGGAAGCUGAUGUUGAAGCCCUUUCUCAGUUGACUCGUGCUCUUGACAAAAAGGAGGCCGUGGUGUCUGAACUGGGACGAAUGAAUGAUGAGGUUUUUGAAAACCAGAAAGUUGGAGACAACUACAUAAAGGAUUCAGAUUCUUUCAAGAAGCAAUAUGCUGCUGUUCUCUUACAGUUAAAUGAAGUCAAUGAACAGGUUUCUUCUGCUCUGUUCUGCUUGAGGCAACGUAAUACAUAUCACGGGACCUCCUCGGGUAAGCUUUUGAAGCCCUCGGCUAAAAUUGGUGAGCAGGGCUCUGGGUUGAGCUCGUUUGAUCAUGCUAUGCAACAUGUCCAAGAAUCUGUAUCCCAUAUGGCUGGAAUUGUUGAAAGCUCAAGAAGGAAAGCUCGGUCGAUGGUUGAUGCAGCUAUGCAGGCCAUGUCAUCUUUGAGAAAAGGGGGGGAAAGCAUUGAGAGCAUUGAGGAGGCAAUAGAUUUUGUAAAUAACCGGCUUUCAGUGGAUGAGUUUAGUGUACCUGCUCCAAGGUCUUCUGCCCCAACAGACUCAAUCCGCAGUCAUGAGCAUCCAUCGUACCCAUUCACAACCAGUCAUAUACCUGAUGAGAUGAAGCUGCAAAAUUUGUCCGACCAAGACGAACUCAGAAUACCUUCGGAGCUCAUUUCAAAUUGUGUAGCCACCUUGCUCAUGAUACAGAAAUGUACAGAAAGACAGUUUCCACCAGGAGAUGUUGCAGAAGUGCUAGAUUCAGCUGUUACAAGUUUGAAGCCGUUUUGUUCUCAGAACCUACCAAUUUACACAGAGAUACAGAAGUGUAUGGGAAUUGUUAGGAAUCAGAUUUUGGCAUUAGUCCCUACAUGAAAAUCAGGUAUGUUGUAUUUCUUCCUCCAUAGUUGUUGUAGAAACUGU